AACCUUUAUUCCUCCAUUAUUCGCAUUCUCCCCUUAAGAAUUUUCUGCACCUUUUUCAUUGAAACAAGGAAAUUGACUGUAGAAGCGAAGCAAAGCGGUUGUUCAUUGAAGUAUUCAAGUUGUCAAUACGAAAUAUAGCACACUCAUUUCGAUUCGUGUGUCGCGGUGUGUGUAUAUAUCAAUAGACAAAUUGGACCAAUUUUGGUGACAACGAAAAAAGUGGCAAAAUGCGAUUUAAACACUUAUUGGGACCUCAUUUAGGCUCAUUGCUGGCUAUUACAUUGCUUCUAGCAAGUUUCUCUUGUGUUCGGGCUGAAGUGGAGCAGGACUUCGCAGAGAUUGAUGAUGACGAUGGCAAAGUAGAAGAGAUGCAUGAUGAUGGCGAGCUGGAGGAAAUUGUCUACGAGAGCCCCGUAUAUGAACAAAGUAAAUUCUACUUUGCCGACCAUUUCGAUGAUAUCGCCGAUUCGCGUAAGCGUUGGGUAAAAUCACAAGCAAAGAAAGAUGAUACAGCUGAGGAAAUUGCCAAGUACGACGGCAAAUGGGACUGGGAGCCACCACAACGCAUAGUAUCGAAGAAAGAUAUUGGACUCGUACUCAAGUCCAAGGCGAAACAUGCCGCCAUCGCUUCAAAACUUAACAAACCCUUCACCUUUAAGCAGGAUAACCCCCUCGUAGUGCAGUACGAAGUAACUAUGCAGGAGGGGCAAGAAUGUGGCGGUUCAUACAUAAAAUUGCUCUCACAAAGCAAGCAGACGGAAGACCUCACAAAGUUCAACGAUAAGACGCCAUACACGAUUAUGUUUGGGCCUGACAAAUGCGGUAGCGACAUUAAAUUACACUUCAUAUUUCGUCAUGUUAAUCCAAUUAAUGGCAGCAUUGAGGAAAAACAUUGCAAAAAGCCAAAGGAUCGCUUGGAGGAGCCUUUCAAGGACAAAUUGCCACAUCUUUAUCAAUUGGUGUUGCGACCCGAUAAUACAUUCGAAAUAAGCGUUGAUCAUAAGAUAGUGAAUCAGGGUUCGCUGCUCUCCGAAUUCACGCCGGCUGUUAAUCCGCCAGCCGAAAUUGACGAUCCUCAGGACAAGAAGCCAAAGGACUGGGAUGAGCGUGAGAAGAUACCAGAUCCCACAGCCAAGAAACCCGCUGACUGGGAUGAUGAUGCGCCACCACAAAUUCCCGAUCCCUCAGCGGCUAUACCUGACGGUUGGCUUGAGGACGAAUCACAAAUGAUACCAGAUCCCACCGCAACCAAGCCGGCUGACUGGGAUACUGAAAUGGACGGCGAAUGGGAAGCACCAUUGAUCGAUAAUCCCGUUUGCGAGAAGGCGCCCGGUUGUGGUGAGUGGAAAGCGCCACUAAUACCAAACAAAGAAUACAAGGGCAAAUGGCGUGCACCGCUCAUCGACAAUCCCAACUAUCAAGGCAAAUGGGCUGCGCGUAAAAUACCCAAUCCGAAUUUCUUUGAAGAUCUCACACCGUUCAGGAUGACACCCAUUUCUGCUGUAGGCCUUGAGCUCUGGUCGAUGUCGGACAACAUCUUGUUUGACAACUUGAUUAUCGCCGACGACAUUGAGUUGGCUAAGGAAUUCGCCGCCAAGACUUUUGAUAUCAAGCGCAAAUACAUCGAUAAAGAGUCGGAGACAUUUUUCAAUAAAAUUGUAGGCUUCUUCAAUGAAAGCUCUUGGCUGUGGCGUGUAGCAAUUGUGCUCGCUGGUGGCACACCGCUAUCAUUAACUUUGUAUCGCUUGUUCAAAAAAUCCGGCUCAAAGGAGUCUAGUUCGGACGCUGAUGCGAAGAAAACCGAUGCCGUGCAACCUGACGAUGAUGCUACGGACAAUUCGAGUGGCAAUGCCGACGCAGCAGCUAACGCCAGCAGCAGCAGCAAUGCUACACAAAAAUCUAGUCCUAAAACCAAAAAGUCUGAUUUAGAUGUUAAAGAUGAGCGAGGUGGUGAUGAGAGCGCUGCCGCCGAAGCAGCAGCUGCAAACAGUGGCAGCGAUCAGAAGGAUUCGCAGGAUGAUGAUGCAGACGAUGCCGAGACUGGGGAAACUACGACGAAAACCGUGCGCAAACGUCGUGUGCCCAAGGAUCAAUCUUAAGGCGAGCGUGCGCUGUGCAACGCAUUUCAACUCAAUAAUUCCAAAAAUAAAAUAUUUAAAUAAAUUUAUAGUAGAAUUGCAGCUGCGUGCUGCGGCAAAAAGUCGCAAACGAAAAAGGGGAAAGUUAUCAAUCACUGCGUGCGUGAUGUGAUGCGGUACGCAUUUCUUUGUAGUUUAGUUUUUAUCUAAGCUCACACAAGCACUUUCUCAACUAAAUCGCAUACCAAACUUGCGCGCUAUGUGAGCUUUUAUUAUUUAAUUUUUUUUUGUUUUUGUUUUUACGUACUUUGUAGUCCAGUUAAUGCGGAAUGAAACAUAAUUGGAGCGCGUGAGAUGUGUGUGAGCGCACAGGCGCGUAUGAAUAGUAAAAUCUCUUUGUGCGUCACACAGACACAUACAAAAUACAUACACACCAAAUAUAUGUAUACUAGUGGGAUAACGGCCAGUUUUAUGGGAGAGAGCUCAUAAACUUUGUAAUUUCAUUAAACAAAAAUUAAAAAUUUCCAGCCAGCCAGCAUUUUUUUAAUUUUUUUUUUUUUUUUGCAAGUUUUAAAAAAAAAAGUAUUAAAAUAAAAUUGGUUUCGUAUUGUUUAUAUUUAGCCAAAUUUUCAUUACAGGAAUUUUCUUCACCAAAUUUAUGUAUUUUCUCCAACAAAUGAAUUCUAAAACAAAGCAAAAAUAUGAAAAUACGAGUAAUAAAAAGAAAAAAAGAAAUAAUGCAAAGAAAAUUCUCCAAAACAGCUACAAAAAAAUUAGUGUAAAGUAAUAUUAGUCGACCUAUGGAAAUAAUCAAACAACAACAACAAGCAUUACUUUAAUUUAAAAUGUAAUUUUUAUUAAAUGCGUAUUUAAUUGUAAUAUUAAUUAACGCCAACAACAACAAUAAAAAUAAUAAACAGUGAACUUUAUAAAAAG